CACACCAUUAGUUUCAAGAAACUGAGUAGUAUAUACGUUAGUUAAUUUUAUGUUCAAAAUGGGCAGCUCUCGAGUUAUUUCUAUGGCUAAUUUGUUGAUUAUUUCAGCAAUUGCUUUAUUUGGUUCAGUUAUGGUGAAUGGUAUGAUGUCAGAUAGCAUGUACAUUAGUUGGGGUUCUCAUAAUUCUUGGAUGCAAGGAGAUGAUCUUCAGCUUGUCCUUGAUCAAUCCUCUGGUUCAGGGGUGCAAUCAAAAGGAACAUAUCUUUUUGGAAGCCUAGAAAUGCAAAUCAAAUUAGUACCUGGGAACUCUGCUGGAACAGUCACUGCAUACUAUUUGUCUUCAACUGGUGACAAGCAUGAUGAGAUCGACUUCGAGUUUCUAGGAAAUGUAUCAGGGCAACCAUAUAUUAUCCACACAAACAUUUUUACUCAAGGUGCAGGAGGCAGGGAACAACAAUUCUAUCCGUGGUUUGAUCCAACUGCUGAUUACCAUAACUAUACCAUUCAUUGGAACCCCACCGCAGUUGUAUGGUACAUCGACGAUGUUCCAAUCAGAGUCUACAAGAACUAUCAGAGCCAGGGCAUUCCCUAUCCGAACACGCAAGCAAUGGCAGUUUACUCCAGCCUUUGGAAUGCUGAUAGUUGGGCAACUAGAGGUGGCCUUGACAAAAUUGACUGGACUAAUGCUCCAUUUGUAGCCAAGUACAGAAAUUUCGUGCCACGGGCGUGUCCCUGGAACGGACCCGUUAGCAUAAGCCAAUGUGCAGCUCAAACUCCAGAAAAUUGGUAUACUUCUCCUGAGUACAGUCAAUUGAGCUAUGCUAAGCAAGGACAGAUGGAUUGGGUCAGGAACACUUACAUGAUUUAUGAUUAUUGCAAAGAUACGAAGCGAUUCAACGGACAAUUUCCUGGAGAAUGCUUUAAGCCUCAAUUCUAACAAUGAAUUGAGUCCAAUAUAUAGCAGCAUAUGAAGUAUAUUAAUAUGUUCUUAUUUUUUCAUGAUUUUUUAAUGUAACUAUUCCAUUCUUUUUUCCCGUUUUGCUAAGAAAUUUUACCCCCAUUCUUUUUACAAAUUAAUGUUGUUUUGGUUGUGGUAUUUGUUCUCUGAGAGGUUUAUGUAUAUCAUUGUCCAAGACAUAUAAUAAAUAAAGUAUUUAUAAUGAUGCAAAA